GUCGAAAUAGCCGCAGUUUUGUAAAAUAUGUAACGAGUUUCAAUGAUAGUUUUCAAUACUUUUCCCACUGUGACUGAGUAAUGUGCCUUUUAUCUGGCUCAAGUAAGGUUUGACUUGUUAUUGAAUAUAGGAUAUUGUCUUCUUGUUGGUUUAUACUCCCAUCAUUGAACGAUUUCAGGUAGAAAUUAGAUCUCUGCAGAUAUAUAUAUAUUGUAUAAAUUAAUAACGGGCUACAACAGCCUAAUAUCAUUAUGAUCUUAGUAUGAAUCUGGACGAAAAUUUUCCAAACUAGGAUUGAUCAUGUCAGAAUCAGCAGUAAAAGAUAAUAACUAUCUACGGAAUAAACCGACGCUUCUUGCCUGAAAAUUUUUUACAAACACAUCGUUCCCAUCUAGUAAAACUCUUCGGGCCCACUGCACAAAGUUCCGGGAGUAAACGUCGGGUUCACUAUGAAAAAGCCCAGUUAUUUCCCACUUUCUGUAGUGGAUCUGAAAUGUGCUUGGACAUUUAACAGUGCUCCCGAAGAGCGAACCAAAUUUUCUGGAAUGCUUCCGAAAUAAACGCUAGUUGGUUUGUAACCUUUCUGAUAGUUAGUUUGUACAGAUAACAGUCAAAUGUCGCAAAGUAAAAAGUAUACACAGAACAAAAUACGCUUAUAUUGAGAGUGAAACGUCACUAACCAAGAACUUUGUAUGGUUUUUAAAGCCUAUUGGGUUUGAUCUGCUAGUGUAGGCAGAACUUAGGCGAGACUUCAAAGAAUUUACAUCUCAUUUCUUUCAUCGGUCAGUAUCAUCAACGCGUCCCCUUAAAUAUUGGGUGGAUUUUCAAACACAAAGGCACCUUUUCUGCAGUAUUGUUCAUUCCGACACAUGUGGAUACUGGAACCUCAAAUAAAUAAACUGAUCGGACGAAAUCUUACGGGACAUAGCAGCAGCUCUUAUGCUACAUCUAAUGGUAUCUCGUACCCAGAUAACAAAAGCCCAGAUUCUGAAUCCAUUUCGGCUUUUAAAUCAGAUAUUUGGUCAAGCAAUACCACGUCAUUGUUUUCGAAAAUAGAUCUUGGAUGUCCAGUCUGUCAGCAUGAAUUUUGUUUCAGUCUAUUACUGUGUGCCACUGAGAAAGCACAAAAUCACUUACUGGAAAACACUGAGAAAGUGAUUCGUGACUUGCACACUAGACUUCAUGCUGUUUCAUUGGAGUGUACUGUUUUGAGAUCAGAACUUGAAGUAAUCCAUAAAGCAUUCACUUCAAAAUGUGAAGCACUGAAAAUAUUAACCUUAAAUGAUUCUCAGUCACCUGGAAAAAGCAAUGAGUUGCUAAAUGCAGUCUACGCUUCAAAUGUUCAACUGAAAAAGGAUAAUGAAAGACUGAAAAUAGAGCUUGAAUUAAGCAAGGGUGAACUGCUGUCACAGCAUCAAUCAUCUGAAGCGAAAAUCCAACAGUUGCAAAUGGAAAAUGAAAAUCUCGUUAGACAGCUGGAAAAUUUACAACUGAAAACCAAACAACUAUUAGAAGAGAACAUUCAUCUUUUAAGAAAAAAUAUGGAUCUAAGCUGCACAUCUUCGUGUGACAGAACACCUAAAGAAUCAUUUGACGAUGCAAAGUCAGAUAUGGUCAGUGAAAUUUAUCUGAACGAAAACUUCCUACAAAAAUUAACAGAUCAAGAAGCUCCUCUUACAUCUGAAACUGCACUGUAUUCACUGGAGAAUCAACUCAAGCCAUACGAUAGUGUAAAACAAGUUUACAGAAUAAUAAAACCAACCAUGAAAAGCACUCCAGUCCCUCAGAAUAGAUUUCCAUCAUUUUUCAGCCGCCUACGUUCAUCUGGAUCAGAGAAAGUGGAAGUUAAUCGAUAUCGAAAACUACGCAAAUCGUCUUACAUUGAGAAAGACAGCCAGUGUGACUUUAUUUCAUCUCCUUACCGAAAUCCUUGUAUUAAAGAAAUCCCUAUCUCCUUGAAAUGUAUGUGUGAGAAGAAAUCUGAAGUACCCUGCACAUGUGCACGAACCGCUAUUGGUAUUCAGCGACAGCUUCUACGGUGUAGAUGUGAGUUAUCUAGAAUGAGAAAAAAACUGGAAGAACUAGAGAUAAGUGAAGAUGCUCAUCGACAUGCAUUGAAAGAACAAUAUGAGAAAAAUAUAAAUAUGUCUAUCCACCUAGCUGGUAUUCUGCCUUAUACACCCAUCGAUCUAAUAAAACCUCCGAAUUACGUAUUGUCCACAUCAGUAUGUGAAAGUUCCUCCAGAAUAUCUCCAGUCAAUAUAGAAGAUCAUUCAAUAGUCCCUAAAUAUUCAUCAACAGAAUCCCUCAAUAAUCUAUUCACAUGGUUUCAUAAAAUUUUAAAUACAACUUCAACGUCAAUGAAAAGUUUAUCAUUACCGUCUAGUAGUCAACUACCAUUUGAUCAAAAUAAAGAAGAUCCUAAUUGUUCACGAUACACAUAUCCUAAAGAUGAUGAAUUACAAGAGCAGGCCAAUACAGCCAAUACAAGUAAUUCACCAAAUGAAUGUUAUGCAUACGACUAUGAAAAAAUUCCAAAUUUUGACAAACUUAAUAAAUUGUAUAAUGUCCCACAAAAUGGUCAAAUUUCCUUGGCUACAAAACGAAAAAUCAGCAAAACAAGUAAUAGAAUUACAAAAACUCCGGUAUCAUUUCAAUCAAUAGAUAUUAACAAUAAUGAUAAAUUUAAUAGUGAACCAGCGUGUGUACAACAGCUGACCAAUGGAUCAACAGUACAAAAUCCUGUAGUUUAUCAGCGUAAAACUUCCAGAUCAUCUUCUAGAUAUGCUGACCGACUGAAGUCAAGAUGUCGAUCAGUGGAUCACACAAUUAUCCUCCAAAUUUCUAAAGAUAAAAAUAUUAGUGCUGCAUUACAGGAAUAUCCUUUACCUCAGGUGGUGAAUGAUCCUGCAGGCUUAACUCUCCAACAAAAAUUGGUAUGUGAUAAGCGCACUCGCCGCUCAUCUUCGGCUCUUUCAUGACCAAAGGUAGAUCAAUACUGACUCAUGAAAUCUUUAAACCAAUUAACGCAAUAAUUGAUGGAAAUAAAAGUUUCCCCAGCAAUCUUCAUCAUUUACUUUACGUUAAAUUCCGCCUGUUAAAUACCUAUAAUAUGAAUUCUCCCAUAUGUGUAAAGUGUAUUUUAUUAUAUCUUGUAUUUUUACCAUUUACGUCACUAAAUAAAUCUUCAAACAUUAUAUGUAACAUUCUGUUGUAUUCGUUCUACUGAAGUGUUAAUAUUUUAAGGUAUUAAAAAUAUACUUCAUGAAUAUUUGCUCUUUUACUGUUCCUACUAAGCACACUUAAGUAGUAUGCAUAUAUUUUGUAAAAAUUGAGAAACCAUUCAAUUAACGAGACGACUAUUCAUGCUUCCGAAAUGUGUCACGUAUACGGUAGUAAAUAUUGAGCGUUUAUGAAAUCACACGUACACGUAUCACAUAUAAAACGACAAUGAUGGAUGGAAUGUUAACACCUUUGCUCUUCUGAAUCAUCACCACAUACAGUUAAGCAACAAGAGAACUCAUCAACACGUUUUUCUGGAGUACCACAAAAGCGCUGAUACAACCACAAGUACCGGCAACUUAAUAAAUAUGUACGCAAACAACCAUAAUCAAUGUAAGGUCUAUA